AUGGCCAAGGGUUCCAGUCGGAUGGUGGAUGCGGAAAAUGACAGCUAUGUGGAUAAAGAUGACUUGGGAAGUACAGGAAUUAAAGCUGUAACCAGGGCCAUCACCAAAGAAGAGGCUCAGGAUAUCACGGAAGGAGCAAUCAUGGCAGCGUUUGAAAGACAAGAUCGUGAUGAUCCUCCGGGGGUUUCAUUAGCCAAUAUGUUGGAUAGUAAGUGCCCUAGACGCGAGUAUAAGCAGAAACCUAUCCUCAAAGCACUAACGCAUCUGCCAUCUCCAGGCAUCAGGAAUAGAUUCAUCGCCAAGAGAAAAGCCGUAAUAAGUGCUGAGAUUGUAAAUGGAGUGAGCAACAAGGUAGUUAUUAGCAAGGAAACGCCUACCAAGAUUAUUCGCAUUUGCGCUCGUCCUGAUAGGCAGCUCUCAAAAUUGAUGCCCAGGUCAAAAGAGAAGCUUGUAAAGAUGAAGAAGGAAUGA